UUCUUUGCCGCCUUCGUACGCGUGUAAAUUUCGCAAAAAUAUUGAAAGAUCGAAAAGAAUUAUAAAACGUACAUUAAAAAUGACAAAUAACAAUACCAACAAUGCCGCCACACAGCAAAAGAAUGUUGAAAAUGCUGCUCGAUCGAAAAAUCCUUUAGAAGCAUUUCCAGAUGUUUUCUCUUACAAAUCAGCCAAGGAGCCAGAAGACGGGGCUUCAUAUAGCCUAUAUUGCCGCGCCAAAGGCGAUAUGGAUAGUAAAACAUUAAAAUGGGCUUUUAAGUUGGCCGAAAAGAAUGUUUCACCCUUUUACAAACAGCUUAGUAUGGGAUGGCAGCCUAAAGUGAAACAAAAUGAUCUGAUGAAGGGAUGGGCUAGAUAUUUGGUGGCGGUUGACAAGAACAAAACGCCUGUUGCAUAUGCCAUGUUCCGUUUCGACAUGGAUUAUGGUCACCCCGUCCUAUAUUGUUAUGAAAUGCAAAUUGAGCCCUCAGCCCAGCGCCAGGGAUUGGGCAAACAUAUGAUGCUGGCAUUGGAACGUUGUGCAAAACAUUGGAAAAUGGAUAAAAUAGUACUCACGGUACUGAAAAAUAAUGACAAUGCCCGAGCAUUCUUUAAAACUAUUGGUUAUGUGCUGGACGAUUCAUCUCCGGAUGUAUUGGAAAAGGCUGACUAUGAGAUUCUAAGCAAAUCCGUUAGUGAUUAAGCAUUAAACAUAAUUUAAGGAUAACAAAAAAUCUACUAACCAAAUUAACAUAAGAUAAUGAUAAGAUGUAAGUGUUAACAACCAUUGCCACAAAAAUAAUUGUGGCAGAUAACAAAAGCAACAUUGAUAAAUCAAUCUAUGCAUCAUCGAAGUGUAAGCAUAAUUAAUUUAAGUAAAUAAGUAGCACCUUCACGAAGCCAUGACCCGGAAACCACAUAUAAAUAAAUUUUCCAUAAGCCUAAGUAAAUUCACUCAAAUAAAACAAGACACAAAACUUCAACAUUCAACCAAGCAAGUAAA